UUAUCUUCCUCUCUUCCCUAGCAACUGGUAACCUCAGAAAGAGAACUUCUAAUCUAGAAAGAAGCAGUUGGUCUCUGGCUUCACUGGACUUGUCAAGUUGCUCCAAGCAGCAGCAGUCAUUUCUCCAGACUGAGCUGACCUGUGUGGGUGUUCAGCUGAUUUUCUCCAUCUCAUCGCAAAAGCGAUCCUGAUCAAAUUCUGCCAUGGCUUCUCUGGAAAAUGUCUCUGAUGAGAAUGCUACUCAACCCAAAGAAGUAGCUGCAGAAGAACAUGGGAAUCAGGAGACUCUUCCAGACCUGUCUCUCCAGGGUGCAAGUGCCGAGCCAACUUCCAUGCUCACUAAUGUUGCCGAGUCCGAGGGCCAAGCUGGCGUGCCAGGUCUGCAGAAUCCUCCUGUCAAUGUGCUGAAUGAUCUGACAAGAGAGCAACUGGAGCGUCCCUCGGAGGCAACAGGAUCCUCCAGUCCUGUUGACAUUUUGAGAAUUGAAGGGUCCUUUGGGCCAACACCUGCUGUUGCUCAAGCUUCCCGAGCAACCGCAAAAGUAAAUAGCUCCGGGGGACAGGCAGGCUUGUGGCAGUGGGGACAGGAUUCUGCUAAUGUGUCUGGCAGACCUCCUGCCAUGAUGACAGGGGGAACCAAUGCCAGCAUGGGAGGAAGUGAGAUGGGUGGCAGCAGUGCAGAUGAAUUUAUACCCUUUACACCACGUCAAAUGCCUCUUCCUCCCAGAGGCCCACCAGUGAGAGCCCCUUCAAAUAUUACUUACCAUACAUCAGGGGUUAUGUUAGAACUGCCUCCGAUAAGAUCAAACAUGCAGUACAGAGAUAGGUUGGCUCAGGAUUCUGUCCCAGCUGGGGUCCCUCAGGCUCCUGCACCUUCAACUUCCAGUACUCGACGCGGGUCUAUUUGCUUUACUCGUACUGGCAUUCUUAAUCCCCAGCAUCCACUUUACAAUCCACUUUUUCCUUUGCAUUUUACUUCUGACCCACAGUAUUAUACUCCCAGUACUACUCCCCCAGCAAGACCAAAGAAAUCUAAGAAGAAGGAGAAGAAGUAA